AUGAAGCUUUACGCUGAUGAGCUUGGGCUUCCAACAACUGACAAAACACUCUGGAGAUUGAGAACAGAUGAGCUUGGAAGUGAAAAGUGGGAGUACUUAUCAGAAGAAGAGGCAAAGGCUGAUCCUCAAUCCUCGUAUGUGAAGUACCUUCUUCAGAACCCCGAUUUCGAGGCGCCGGAGCCUCUCAGGAGUAGUAAAUGUGAUGAAUUUACAGCCGGGGACGCUGCGUUCAAUGGUGCGCAGUUCUUUUCUCUUCUCCAAGAAGACACAGGGAUCUUCCCGUGCCAAUACAAGGGUCCAAUGUUUUUGACAAUCGGUUACGUCGCCACUCUCUACUGCGCUCGUAUUCCAGUACCCGAGCAUAUUAAAAUAGAGAUAAUAAGAUACAUUGUUAACUCUGCACACCCCGUUGAUGGUGGAUGGGGCCUUCAUGAAGUGGACAAAUCCACGACAUUUGGUACUGCUAUAAACUAUGUGAUAUUGAGAUUACUUGGCCUUGAAGCAGACCAUAUUGUCUGCCAACGGGCAAGGAAGACUUUGCAUAGGCUGGGCGGUGCGAUUGGUGCUCCUCACUGGGGUAAGGCUUGGCUCUCAAUAUUGAAUUUGUACAGGUGGGAAGGAGUCAAUCCUGCUCCUCCCGAGUUAUGGCUUUUGCCAUACGCCCUACCAAUCCACCCGGGAAGGUGGUGGGUCCACACAAGGGCUGUCUAUCAAGCACUAGGCUACCUCUCAGCGGCUAAGUACUGUUGCGAAUUGACGCCACUGCUUCAAGAGAUUAGAAAAGAGAUCUACGUCAAGCCUUUUGAGAGCAUUGACUUUUCGAAGCACAAAAAUACCGUGGGUGGUGUUGACUUGUAUUAUCCACAUACUAAGCUGUUGAAUAUAGCAAACGUCGCACUAACACUCUAUGAAAAUUACUUGAAGCCCAAUUGGUUUUUGAAGUACAGCAACCGUAAAGUUUACGAGCUGAUCAAGAAGGAGAUAAAAAAUACUGACUACUUAUGCAUUGCUCCAGUUAGCAUGGCUUUUUGUGCAGUCGUGACGCUCAUCGAAGAAGGCCGCGAUUCCUAUGAAUUUAAGCGUUUUGUUGACGGUUUUCAGGAAGUACUAUUCAUGGGCCCGCAAGGUAUGACAGUGAUGGGAACAAACGGCGUGCAAGUCUGGGAUUGCGCAUUUGCAAUACAGUACUACUUUGUGGCUGGCUUGGCUGAGCUUCCUGAGUUCCGUGACACUAUUGAAAAAGCCUACAAAUUUUUAUGUCGAUCUCAAUUCGACACUGAGUGUGAACCUGGAAGCUUCAGGGACAAGAGAGUUGGGGCUUGGCCAUUCUCCACCAAGACACAAGGGUAUACUGUGUCUGACUGUACUGCGGAAGCAGUUAAAGCUAUUAUCAUGGUUAGAAAUUCACCAAAGUUUACUUAUCUAAGGGGCGAAAUAUCUGAUGAGCGUCUCUACAAGGCAGUUGAUAUUUUGUUAGGCCUUCAGAACACAGGGUCCUUCGAAUAUGGCUCUUUUGCAACAUAUGAAAAAAUCAAGGCUACGACCGCGCUAGAGAAACUGAACCCUGCCGAGGUCUUCGGAAAUAUUAUGGUUGAGUUCCCUUAUGUCGAAUGUACAGACUCAUCAGUUUUGGGGUUGACGUAUUUCGCCAAGUACUACAACUAUCGUAAAGACGAAAUAACCAAGGCUAUUGAAAUUGCAAUUCAGUACAUCAAAAGGGUCCAGAACCCUGACGGCAGCUGGUAUGGGUGCUGGGGCGUUUGUUUUACUUAUGCCGGCAUGUUUGCGCUAGAGGCCUUGUAUACAGUGGGUGAGAAUUACGAAAACUCGGAAGUUGUUCGCAAGGGCUGUGAUUUUUUCGCUUCUAGACAACGUUCUGAUGGAGGAUGGAGUGAGUCGAUGAAGUCAAGCGAACUCCACACUUAUGUUGAAGCUGACAACUCACAGGUGGUACAAACCGCGUGGGCUUUAAUAGGACUUCUUCUGGCGAAAUACCCCAAUCGGGAUGUGAUUGACAGAGGUAUUGCUUUGUUGAAGAAAAGGCAGCUGCCUUCUGGAGAGUGGAAGUUCGAGGAUGUCGAGGGAGUUUUCAACCACUCUUGCGCUAUCGAAUAUCCAAGUUACAAAUUCUUGUUCCCUAUUAAAGCUCUCGGGCUGUACUCUAAACGAUACGAGAGCUGA